AUGCAGAUUGCUUCUACAAACAUUUGUGAAAGAAUGGGUCGCUCUCAAGAGGUCAAUGAAUUCAAGUAUUGUACCGUGAUAGGUUGCCACCUGUGCAAUAAGUCCAUCUGUGAAAUUUCCUUGCUACUAAAUAUUCCACAAUCAACUGUUAGUGGUAUUAUAACAAAGUGGAAGCAACUGGAAACAACAGCAACUCAGUCACGAAGUGAGAGGUGUCAGCGCAUGCUGAAGCGCUCAGUGCGCAGAAGUCGCCAACUGUCUGCAGAGUCAAUAGCUAAAGACCUCUAAACUUCGUGUGGCCUUCGGAUUAGCACAACAGUGCAUCGGGAGCCUAAUGGAAUGGGUUUGCAUGGCCAA